AUGAACCUGCUUAACAAGAGAGUUGGUAUUGAGCCAUACUUUGCCAUAUGUGGGGUUGUGCAUGAGGAUACUAUGCAUGCAUUAGUUUUAUGUGACUUUGCUAAGGCUGUGUGGGGGCAAGCCAAUCUCUCAAUCCCUGUUAUUCAGUCGAAUAUUUUUUAUGAGUGGUUUAAUGCGAUCUUGGAUAUUCUAGACACUGGUGGUCUGAUGUAUGCAGCUGCAAUUUUAUAUCACAUUUGGACGGCAAGGAACAAUGCGGUAUGGGAUGCCUAUUUACUAAUGCCGAAGAAAAUUAUGAUGACGGCCGUUUCCGCAUUGCAGGCAUGGCGCGCCGUACACCAUUCGGCCGAACGAACUGCCGCCCCAUCUCUGGCCGACACGCCACUAGCUGCUGCCGAGCACCAUGGUGCGCCACUGCCGGGGCAGUCCACUCGCCGUUGUUAUGUGGACGCCAGUUAUCACCACUCGACGAACACUGCCGCGGUGGGAGCAAUUAUAUUGGAUGGAAGUGGAGGGUACAUCUCCGCUUAUACUUCUACUCUCCCAAAUUGUUUCUCAUCUCUUAUGACAGAGGCAUUUGCAUGUAAGAAAGAUUUGUCUUGGCUAAAGGAUCGUGGGGAGAACUCUGUGGAGCUACACACGGAUUGUUUAACGGUCAAACAAUAUCUGACUACUACGGCUUGUCCUGAUCGCACGUAUAUUGGCUAUGCAAUAGAUAGUUGCAGGGAUUUAAUUUCUACUUCGCAUUCUUGUUUAGUUGUUUUUGUUCCUAGAUUAGAAAAUUAUUUAGCACAUGCUCUAGCUACCUCAGUUAUUAGUCAGUCUACAGCUAUGUAUUGA